AGUAAAAAUAAAUAAGUACGAGGCGGGAUCUCUUCGCGCUGGCUGCCCGUGGUCGCAUUAUCCAUUUCAGAGGAAGGGUUUUAAUGGAGAAGAUGGAGGAAGGAGACGGAGCUUGAGCUUGUAUAAUUCAGCUUCAGUUCGUCUCACAAUCACCGGUUGUUUUCUCAUAGGAAUGGCAGUAAAUCGUAUUUCAGAGUUGCACUGUUUCUUUCCACCUGUAAGACGGAGCGACAUGAAUGUUCUGCCUGUAAUCUUUGGUACUUGUCAUCCUUUCCAGCACAACAGAAUCAGCUUAGAGGCUUCCUCGUCAUCCGUUUUCAAGCGGUUUAAUCGCUCAUCAACGACUCAAUUUCCUUCAUGGUUUGGUAGAUUAAGAGGAAAAAGAGUUGUAAAAGCCAAUGGAAUGGUGGAAAAACUUGGAAGGAAAAGGAUAGGAGGAGAAUCUAGUGAUAGUGAUGAUGAGGAGGAUGGUGGUAAGUCAUUCAAAAAAGCAGUUGAUGAUUCAUAUCUGGUUGAUGAUGAAGAGAGACGCGAAUGGAGAAGAAAGAUUCGUGAUGUAAUUGAUCAGCAUCCGGAUAUCGAGGAGGAACUUGACCUGGUUGAAAAGAGAAAGAAAAUGCAAAAACUUCUUGCUGAUUACCCGCUUGUCGUGGAGGAGGAUGAUCCUGAUUGGCCUGAAGACGCUGAUGGUCGAGGUUUUAACUUGGGUCAAUUUUUCAACAAGAUUACCAUAAAAAAUGUCAAGAAGAACAGUGACGACGAAGAGGAUGGAAACUAUGAAAGUGACAAUGAGAUAGUGUGGCAGGAUGAUGAUUAUAUACGCCCAAUCAAAGACAUUACUGCUGCAGAGUGGGAAGAGACCGUGUUCAAAGACAUCAGUCCUCUAAUUGUUCUUGUCCAUAACCGGUAUAAGAGUCCAAAAGAGAACGAAGAAGUUAGAGAUGAAUUGGAGAAAGCUAUACAUAUCAUAUGGAACUGCAGGCUACCUUCCCCUAGAUGUGUUGCAGUUGAUGCUAUAGUUGAGCAUGAUUUAGUUUCUGCUCUACAAGUAUCUAUGUUUCCAGAAAUUAUUUUCACUAAAGCUGGAAGGAUAUUAUACCGCGAGAAGGGUGUCCGAACUGCAGAUGAAUUCUCGAAAAUUAUGGCAUUCUUUUAUUACGGAGCUGCAAGACCACCUUGUUUGGAUGGUAUUGGUAACAUCCAGGAGCCGAUCCCCAGCCUGCCGAUCACGCUCAAUAACAGUUCUAAGCUGUCUUGACAGUGAAGUCCAUUGGUACAAUUGCCCUUAACUGUAAGUUGGAAACAAUAGAGAUAUGCUGCUAUGUUAUAUAUUUUCUUUUAUUGUAUAUCCGUUUUCCCAUGAAUUUCUAGUUUUUCUCCUCUGUUCUCUGCGGAUUUUUGCUGAAGCUUGUGAUUCUGCUCUCUAAUGCAUAGGUUUUAUAUAAUUUAGAUUAUCAAAUUUUAUUUAGGGGCAAAUUAUAGUUUCAGCUCUUAGUGAUUUGGUCUGAUAUAAUUUAUAUCCAGAUACGAUAUAAAUUGUUAUAAAAAGUAAUACGAUAUAAAUUGUAAAACCGAAA